AUGAUAGUGUUGGGAUUGGAUUGGGCCUACUCGUCCCAAGGCCCAAACCAAACCAAAGGCCCAAAACAGAGUAUUAGGUCGAGGGGUAGAUUCUUCAAAUCUCCUCGACGUGCGUCCUACACAGAGUGGUAUAAAUACGGAAUAGCAUGUCUUGUCAAAGAAAGGGGGAUCCAGGCUGACACACAAAGACAGAGAGACGCUCCUCAACGUUCACAAGCUCCUCACCUCGUUCCAAGCUCCUCAAGCAAUCAGCUCUUCCUCGUCAACAAGCUCCUCAGCUCGUCCUGGACAACAAGCGAUCAGCUCGUCUUCGUCAACAAGCUCAUCAACUCGUCAUGCACAACAAGCAAUCAGCUCGUUUUCAUCCUUGGAUCGUCCAGCUCGCAACCCAUCCUUGGACACGAAGCUCAUCUUCGGGAACCAGGAUCGUCCACAAGCAAUCAGCUUGUUCUCAUCUUGGAUCGUCCAGCUCGAAAUCCGUCUUUGGACGCGAAGAACACCUUCAGAUGUCAGGAUCAUCUUAAGGAAUUAAGCUCGUCCUUAUACGUCAAGGCCGUCCUCGGACAUCAAGAUCGCCUUUCCGGCCACUAUCCCGUCUUGCACCAACUAUCGGCUCGUUCUUUCUCCAUCCAUACUCGUUAA